AUGUCGCGCCCCGCGCGGCGCAGGCUGAAGUUGCGUCGCGCCAAGGGCCAGCGUGCAGACGCCAUGAUCGACUCCCUCAGCUGGUUCCACGGGGGGGGCGCGGCCUCGCCAGGCCUGGCGUUUCUACCAGCGCUGCGCAGCGUGAAGCCCAGCGCGUUCUGCUUCGACAUGCGGGCGCUGAUGAUGGUCGCCCCGCUGCCGACUCGCGAGAAGCCGCCCGCGCGCCCCUCCGCCUUGACCUCGGCUGCGACG